UAUAAGUACAAUCGUAAUUGUCGCUGGCAACACAUAAUAACAUCAGUUUUAGGAACAAGUUAGUAACGUGAUUUUAGCAAGUUUUCGUAAAACAGUUUUUUGAAUAAUGGCUGCGAUAAGUUUGUUAAAUCCUAAAGCUGAAUUUGCUAGAGCUGCUCAAGCUUUAGCUGUAAAUAUUUCAGCAGCGAAAGGUAUUCAAGAUGUAAUGAAAACUAACCUCGGUCCCAAAGGUACAUUAAAAAUGUUAGUGUCAGGAGCUGGCGAUAUUAAGAUUACUAAGGAUGGUAACGUGCUUCUUCAUGAGAUGCAAAUCCAGCACCCAACUGCGUCCCUUAUCGCUAGAGCUUCCACAGCUCAAGAUGAUUCUACUGGCGAUGGUACUACCUCUACCGUCCUGCUGAUAGGCGAGCUGCUCAAACAAGCUGACAUUUAUAUAAGUGAAGGCUUGCACCCCAGAAUAAUAACUGAGGGCUAUGAUUUGGCUCGCAACAAAGCGUUGGAAGUUCUUGAAAGUAUGAAAAUACCUAUUGAAAUCAAAAGAGAAAACUUAAUUGAUAUUGCACGUACUUCUCUGAAGACCAAGGUACACCAGAAUCUUGCUGAAGUGCUAACUGAUGCAUGUGUUGAUGCAGUCCUUGCAAUAAGAAGACCUGAUCAACCCGUGGAUUUGCAUAUGGUGGAGCUGAUGGAAAUGCAACAUAAAACUGCCACUGAAACUACUUUAAUUAAAGGUCUGGUUAUGGACCAUGGAGCUCGUCACCCCGAUAUGCCAAAACGUGUGGAAAAUGCAUACAUUUUUACUUGUAAUGUUUCCUUGGAGUAUGAAAAAACUGAAGUAAACUCUGGAUUUUUCUACAAGUCUGCUGAGGACAGGGAGAAAUUGGUGGCAGCUGAAAGAGAUUUUAUUGACCAAAGAGUUAAAAAGAUAAUCGCCCUUAAGAAGAAGCUUUGUGAUGGCACCAACAAAUCAUUUGUUGUUAUCAACCAGAAGGGCAUCGACCCCCUUUCCCUUGAUGCUUUCGCCAAAGAAGGCAUCAUCGGUCUUCGCAGAGCCAAGAGACGUAACAUGGAACGUCUUGCUCUCGCUUGUGGCGGCUCUGCCAUGAACUCUGUAGAUGAUCUUACAGAAGAGUGCCUAGGAUACGCCGGUCUUGUAUAUGAACACAUUCUGGGCGAAGAGAAAUAUACAUUUGUGGAAGAAUGCAAGAACCCACAAUCUGUAACUAUUCUCAUCAAAGGCCCCAACAAGCAUACACUCACUCAAAUCAAAGACGCCAUCCGCGAUGGCCUCAGAGCUAUCAACAAUGCAAUCGAAGACAAAUGCAUUGUGCCUGGUGCAGCGGCAUUUGAAAUUAAGACCAAUCUGGAGUUGCAGAAGUACAAAGAUACAGUUAAGGGCAAAGCUCGUUUGGGCAUCCAAGCUUACGCGGAAGCUUUACUCGUGAUUCCAAAAACGCUAGCAGUGAACUCCGGUUAUGAUGCCCAAGACACCAUAGUUAAACUGCAAGAAGAAGCUCGUUUGAGCCCUGAUCCCAUCGGUUUGGACUUGAGUAGUGGAGAAGCUAUCAAACCUACCGACAUGGGCAUUUAUGAUAACUACAUUGUGAAGAAACAAAUUCUCAAUUCCUGCUCUGUUAUUGCUAGCAACCUCCUUCUCGUUGAUGAAAUCAUGAGAGCCGGUAUGAGUAGUCUUAAGGGUUAAUUUUAUUUUGUUUUUUCUUAGCAUAUUAACCCUUAAUAAUUAUUCUGUAUUUCUUUAAAGUGAGACACUUAAUUUCGUUAACUGCUAAAUAUUUCGAUUUAUUUUUUGCUUUUGUUCUAAAGAUAAAACUGUAUUAUUGUGGACAAUUGAAAUUGUUUACAGAUUACAACUUAAUUAUAUUAAAAUACUACUUUUACUACUAAAAAAAUCCAAAUGGAUUUUCGAAAACUUUGUAACACUAGGCACUCGUUCAGUCCACAAUAAGUAGUUGACCAUUAUUUGGCACAUAAGCUUACAUAUUGUAAUGAGUAUAUCUAAAUAAAUUGCUUUUUAAACUA